AUUAAUUUUAAAUAAUUUUUUAUUACAGAAAUUUAAUCAAGAUGCCAUCAGUUUCGAGCGACAAUAAGGUUAAGAUGACACCAACAAGAGCAGCUAUUAUAGGAGGUAUCUCAGGAGCAAUAGAAAUCACAGCAGCUUAUCCAGCAGAGUUUACUAAGGUUAUCAUGCAGCUCUACCCAAAAUAUAACAAGAUGGGAGCAUGGAAUGUGUUUAAGUACACCAUAAGAAAGGAUGGGUUUUUUGGUCUUUUCAAAGGAUACAACCUCCUUCUCACUGCAGGUGUGCCCAAGUCCUAUAUCAGAUUCGGAGUCUUCGAAUACAUGACUCAGAAUGUCUUUGAGGAGAAGAGUCUCAGAAACACAACCAUCGCUGGUGUAUGUGCAGGUUCACUUGAAGGUCUGCUCAUCCACGUUCCUGUUGAAAACAUGAAGGUGAAGCUGAUCCAUGAUAGGUUUGUUCCUCAACCACAAUUCCGGAAUAUGUUCCAUGGAAUCUAUACUAUUGCCAAAGAGCGUGGUGUCAAAGGUAUGACUAGAGGAUGGGGUAUUAACACUGUCAAAGAAGGUUCGAAUCAUGCUAUCAGAUUCCCACUCUUUUUGGGACUUCAAAAAGUAUUUGCUCCUCGCUUCAAAUCUAACGUGAUGCGGGAUAUGGUAGCAGGAACAAUCACUGGUAUUAUAUGUGUUGCUAUCAACCAGCCUCUGGAUACCAUCAAGACUAACCUGCAAGGAUUAAAAGGAGGAGAUUACAAAAACUCUUUCGAUUGUGCAAAAAAGAUUUUAACCAACGAAGGUGUGUUAGGACUAUACAAAGGCUUAAAGCCAAGAAUGACAAGAGUAGGAAUCGAAGUUGGUGUGACAUUUGCAUCUUACAACGCAAUCAUCGAUUUUGUGCAUAAAUAUCUUGAUGGAGCUGAAUAAAUAGAGAGCCACGAUAUCUAGAGUGUUCUCUACCUUCAAAGGG